AUGAAAAAGGACAGAUUACCGGCUAAUACACUCAGUUUGGCCCUAACAACCGUGAUAAUGGAGACAGUAGAUGACUUCGAUACCAUUGACGUGGAAUUGGAUGAGUUUUUCAAACACAAAGAAAAAAGUCGAUGCAAAGAUGAGUUCCUAAAUUCUCUCACAGACGAAUCGCUUGACGAAUACACCAUACCUGAGAUAAACCUAAAUGAUUUUGAAGGAAUAUCGGAAGAUGAAGCACCAUAG